UAUAAGGCAGUAAAAUAGUUGAAUUUGAGUGCAAAUCCAUGUCAUGCCAGGUGAUUCGUUGAUCUUGUCUAACUGUGUUUGAAGGUAUUGAUAUAACGUUUGUUCUGGUCUGGUGAAUACUUCACUGAUUUAAAAAAUGUCAGCGAUAGUAAGCGGUGUUCUGAAACUUACAUUAGGCGUUUUAGCGAAGAAGAUUCGCAGUCGAAUUGCGACAAGUUUGAAAGAUGGCGAUGUCAUGAACGAAAUAUGUCGAGGGUGGAUCCUUAGAGAGCUUGACGAUAUCAAGAACAGGUUAGAUGGUUUGUCGAGAAAAGAUUUAAAGAGUAGUUUUUGUUUCCUACAAGAAGGAGUCACUGCACUAUCUGAGUCCCUACGCCCUUUGGAUUCGAACGAGGCUACAAUAGAAUCGGCCGACCAAGCGACUUUAGUUGAAACUGCGUCAUCCGGAAACACUGGUCCUGAUUCUCCUAUCAACGAAGCUGUUGCUCUUAUAGGUGUUAUUGAGUCGUCAAAAAUACGUUACCCCAAACGGUUUGAGCAGGCGGUAGAAUUGCUCAAACGUGCGCGUGAAAAAGCCACCGAUGCAUUUUCCAACGAUUCGUUGCCGAUUGAAGAUCGGAUUCAAGCGUCGCAGAUCAGAAUGAUGGCGAGGAUUUUGGAAUGUUUGGACAAUCCAGACGCAAGCGUAAGCGAUUGCAUGCAGUACCUUAAACAGCUUCAUAAUAUCGGAGAUAUUCAAGGAAUAUUUUCUGUUCUAAUUGGCGGAGGAGUCAGGUCGCCGUUCAAAAAAACAAAGCGACUUAACAAUGCCUUGUCGGUUCAUGUCAUGAAUCAAAUCUUGUUUGAUUUUGCCAAGAAAUUCACAAAAUUGCCAAAGAACAUUUUUGAAUGGCCCAUGAUUUUGUUUGGUAAAAUCCGCUACCACCCUUUACAUGGACACUAUCUCCUUAAUGAAAAACUUAGCGAGUCGACAGAUGUGCAAGUUAUGUCAGUGAAUCCAGAUUUUACAUUUGGCGAAGAUAUUCACUAUGAGAUUUCUGUGGUAAAUAGCAAAGGAGAGAUUAUUGCCCUGGCGCGCAGUGACCGUACUUUCAAGAUCUUUAAACCUGUAGGAGAAAGCCGCACUCUAUGCGAAAUUCCCAGAGACGACCAUACGUCAAAUUAUUUUGUAACUGCGAUAGAUAUCGAUGCUCAGGAUAACAUAUACGUCAUCACUGCAUCCCAAGAAGGCUGUGAUCGAUCACGGAGUUUUAAGUUGUUUAUGUUUGAUGAGAAUGGAAUUAAAAAAUUUGAGUCUCCGUUACCUUUUCUUCAAAGCAAGUUUGGCCUAGUGCGCAUGGCAAUAAACACGGACGGAAAAAUUGCUAUUUUAAACUGCAGAAACAAAACCGUGUAUAUCGGAAACGUGUGUGUUGAGGUGAAUUCGUUUAAGGUCGACAAUAGUUUUCAUCUGAACAAAUUGCAGGGUCAUCCGGUAGGUUUAAGAUUUCACUCAGAUUUGGAUGGAACAAAAAUCAUCGCUGCAGACUCGGCUACCCUUUUCAUUUGUACAGAAAACGGGAAGUUAGAACAUAAAAUUAAGAUAGACCAAAAAAUUCGUUCAUUUGUAAUAAAUGAUCAUGACGUCACAAAGCGUUUUCUGGUCAAACCACCCCAUGAUCCAUCAGGCUGUAGUGUGUUGAGAUUCUCAGAAACUGGAAAACUAGAAGACAGUUUAUGGUUGGGAUCUACAAAAUGGAUUACAGAUGCUGAGCUAACGUCUCACCCGAAUGGUCGGGUUGCUUUAGUUGGUAAAACAGGAGCAACUCUUCUGUGAGAAAAUCACCAACAUGGCCAAAAAGUUAAGAAUGCAACAUUAUAUUCCUUGGACCAACAUACACUCCUUGGACGGUAGUAUAGAGUCAAACAUGUAUAUAAGUGCUACCCUUUGAACUUUAGAAACGGACUGCAUUAGGGCUCGUUUUUCUUCUUCUGAUGAAUGUGAAAGGGUGGAUAAGUUGUACAUGUUCUGAGUAUAUGCGGCCACAUUUGAACAUUAAUGACCCAUCCACUCGUUCACAUCCAUCAGAAGAGAUAAUUGAAGCUAAAAUCGCAACAAAUAUUGCAAUUGUAAACAUGGCUUAAGGUAUUGGCAAUAGAUUUUUGAGUCGAUUUUAUGCGAAAGAACUGUUAAAUCUCUAAUAAACAGUUAUUGAACGAGGUUUUUGUGAUGCUAGAAUCAUCAAGGUCAAGGUAAGCGUUAUCAGUCGAACCAAAGACGAGAUUUAUAACACUUACAGAGAUCUUGAUAAUUGUAAUAUUAAUCUUAACUGUAAUAUUAUCAUUAAUAACUCUUUCGACAAACAAUGAUUUUGGUCCUCAAAAAAGCAGUCAAAAC